CGUAGCAUAGAGUGUUUAUAUUUACUAUGAACCAACGGCUAACUUAGUAACAGCACCUGUUUCUUCGCUAAUCUAACCGUAUUGUUCUAUUAUAAUUAAUCGGACGGCACGUCAUUUUAAAUUAUAAAUUGUUGACGGUGGUACACGAUAUAUUUAAAACUUUAGUCCCUUUUUUACGAUAUUGCGGUCAUUUUGCCGCCGCGAUUUUUCUAACCGGUUUUAACCACUUUAUUACUAAGAACUGUAAACAUGUCGCGAGAACAGCGAGUUCGUUUAAUUUAGCAGUAAGUGCUUGUGACCAAACGGAUAUCGCCCCAAAGGAACGCUACCCCGGAAAGAAAACAAUGGAAGAGGUAUCCACUGAAAAUGCUAAGGUGUCAGAUUCCGGAUAUUCUAAUACCUGCAGCAAUUGUCAGUCGCAACGGAGCAGUGACAGCUCAAUCUCGAGAAACAGCAACCAUUCCGCAAGUAGCGGUUAUUGCGGACGGCGUCCUUCGACAUUUGGAUCCAGCAAUGAAGCCCUACCGCAGCCAAUCAGCAAAAGAAAGGACAAAGAGCACAAGAAGAAGAAGUCGAAAACGAUUUUGGCUGUUAACACCGAGGCGAAUAUUGCCUUGAAAAGCGUUGGCGCGCCGCCGGAAGUUGUGUCCUACAACGUCGUCGUUCCAUCGAAGCCUAUACUCGAAAAGAAACCAGAAGAAAUAGCCAUUGUAGAAUUGGUGGACGCAACGGAUCCGAGCGAGCACAACGGCGAUACCAUCACAGAUGUGAAAACAGGACUUACUACCCGUCCGAAUUGUCUGGACGAUUCCAUCUCUCAAGCCAAUGAGGGAUUUUGCGCAGUGAUUUCGAUGCACGACGGCCUCGUGUUAUACACGACCUCCUCGAUAUGCACAGCUCUAGGAUACCCAAAGGACGCGUGGAUUGGCCGUUCCUUCAUCGACUACGUGCAUCCUAAAGAUAAGGCUACCUUGGCUGAUCAGAUCACCCGCGGAGUAGCAUCGCCCCAAGAAGACAGGCCGAAAGGUAUUAAUGGCAGAAGAGCAAGUUUAUUUUGCGGAUUGCGGAAAUAUAUUAGAUCCGCCGUUCACCAUCACUCGAUCUGUCAGCACAAAGAAGCAAGGUCGAAUUUGUACCUUCCGUUCCACUUGACCCUGUCGUUCAGAGAUUUCCGAGAUCGCGUGACCGAUCAACAACAUAAAGCAAUCUUCCUGGUGGUCACAGCACAACCUGUUCAUUCUGCAUAUAAAGCGCCAGAAGAAACAAUAAUAUCUUCGAUAUUCACGACCCGCCACACAGCGACGUGCCACUUAUCCCAUGUUGAUCCCGACGUAGUCCAAUACUUUGGCUAUCUACCUCAGGAUAUGGUCGGUCGAUCGCUGUUUGACUUCUACCAUCCCGAGGAUCUGCCCUUCAUCAAAGACAUCUAUGAGACUGUGAUCAAGCUCGAAGGUGUCUCCUUCAAAUCGAAACCCUACAGGUUCGGAGUGCAGAACGGUGGCUACGUCGUCCUCGAAACCGAGUGGUCGUCCUUUAUCAAUCCAUGGACGAAAAAACUAGAGUUUGUCGUAGGUCAACACAGGGUACUGAAAGGUCCGGCGAAUCCCGAUAUCUUCCGUGUACCACGUGCCACGGAGGUCGGCCAGCUGGACAACAUCAGCGAAGAGGUGCUCAAAGAGGCCAAGAUCAUACAAGGAGAGAUACGUACACUUCUCAGCGAGAACAUCAAAAGAAAGUCAGAUAUUACCGAGCACGACGUGUCAAAGAGGUGCAAGGACCUCGCGUCCUUCAUGGAAAAUCUGCUGCAAGAGACGAGGGCAUCCGGUCUUGGCAAAGAUGUGCUCGCUGCGGACGACAAGAGUUUUUCGGGAUCACGCAAUCCCUUGUUACAGGAGCACGACAGCGUGAUGCUCGGUGAGAUAUCGCCCCAUCACGAGUACUACGACAGUAAAUCGUCCACCGAGACGCCGCCCAGUUACAAUCAGCUCAACUACAAUGAGAAUAUUGAAAGGUUCUUUAAGAGCAAACCGCCGGUCGCCACCAUGUACGGCAGCGACGAUGAGAACAUUAAUUCCAGCAACGACGAGGGCGAAAAGACCAGUCCGAAUUCAGGAGCAGCGAGGAAAUGCAUGUCGCCGAUAAACGGUAGCGGCGCGAGCGGAAGCGGAAGCGCGGAAAAUCUCAGCAGCGGUUCCAACAACCAGACAAGUUCGGCGAGCAGAGGAAACACGUCAAAUACCACCAGCAACACCACCACUACGGAAAGUUUGAAGCCUCCCACCUUGACCGAAUCGUUGCUCAAUCGUCACAACGAGGACAUGGAGAAGCUGAUGAUGCAGAAACACCGGGAGCUUCGUUCAAGUUUCAAGAACAGCGACAAGCUCAAGGAUUCGCGGAUAAAAGCUACCACCGACAAAACAGCGGACCCUAACGCGCAUUUCAUCAAUCAGAAUCAUGGAAUCAAGAGAAGCGGAAGCCAUAGCUGGAAGGGUGAUAGUUUCAAAGUGUCGAAACACGACGAAGUGUCGAGGACAAGUACCGCGGGUCAAUUUCCAGCGAACGUUGCUACAACGGUUACGAGCAUGAGCGUCGAUCAAUCAACUGUAAUUCAGACAGGUGCUAACAUUAAUUUGUGGCAGCCCCUAUCAGUGACAGUGCCCCAACCACCACCUGUUCAACAAUGCAAUGCGCCGCAAAAUGUCCAUUCACAAGCAAUACCCAGAAUACCAAUAUUGCCAUCGAUGAUACCAGUAUAUUAUGUUCCGGCUCCACAAACGAACGACCCCGCAGUUUUAUCGUCCCAGCAAGAGAAACUUAGCCCAUCUCAAUCGAUGCAACCUCCACAGUCGAAUCCUUACAUGUUUUUGCCACUCUCGUACGUCGCGACAACGAUGGCUGGAGUUAUUUAUCCUCCAGUAUUGGGUGCUCCACCGAUGGGGAUGAUGUACAGACCAUUUUCAAUCCCUACACAGACACCGAUCACGCGAGAAAACAACCAAUCCACCAUCGACCAGUGUUCCCAUCGAAAACGACCAGCGAGUCAAGCGACGAGCGUCAAAGCUGAACCCGGAAGCACCAUGGCGAUGUCUGAAUCCUCCAAAAAGGUUCUAUCGCCCGGUGAACUGUUUUCUUCCUGCCUGAGCAACGAUGGAGGAUGCUCGAGCUUGGUAGACACACCGACACCGGUGAAUCCAAAAGUGCGCAAACAAAACGAUUACAACGUCGACGAUUCGAGCUCGUCGAGCUUUUACAGUAGUUUUCUGUACAAAAGCAGCGACAGCAGCUGCAAUCCUGACCAAAAACCAACGGAGUAUAUGCCAGAGGAUAACGCGGAGCAGCAUCAAGGCAAACGAAGAAAAGAACCGCCGUGGCUCGAAGGCGUCCAAUUGACGCCGGAAUUGAUAUACGAAUACCAAAUACACCCGAAGACCCUGAACGAAGUACUUCAAGCCGAUAUGGAUGCCUUAAAAAAUUUCAAUCAACCUCUCCUGGUCAACGAUCAACUGGGCCAACUCUAUCUGGAUUUGGAAGUCGAGGGAUUUGAAACGAAACUUGUUCUCGAAGACGGUAUCACGUCCAGCGGUAGUGACAGUGGGAGCAGUAACGAAAGUUGGACUGCUGGAACAAUGUCGCAGCAAAAACAUAGAAGGAGAAUGGUGAAAUACGGUAAGCUCGUCAUGAUUCACGAAGAGAACGCGCCAUUGCCACCGGCGUUACCACCCCAAACGGUACCCUGUCAGCAGUUGUAGAAACAAUCUAAUUACGACCAAUUGCGACCAAAACGGUGUCUUCGAGUUCGAGUUAUUCGUCCGUGGUGCGCUGUCGCGAAUUUCUUUCCGGCAUUUCAGUUGCAAUUGGUCGCUGCACACAGUCCUGACGUCAUCCGAACCGUUUUGUCAUCUCGUUUACAUUUCAAUCUCGAGGCAUGUAAAAUUGUCUGCAUCACAUUUUUUUAUAUACACAAUAUAUAUUUUUAGCUAUUUAGUAAAAUGUAUUUGACCUUUUCUUACGUACGCAUACACAUACAUAUAUGCACUGCGAUUACUCCUAUCGUUAUUAUUGUUAUAUUUUUAUAUUUCGAGGCGCGUAGAGCGAGGAUAAUAAUUUGAUCAAUGACAUAAUUAGAGUCAGAGUUUCGUCGAUUGACUAAACGAUGCGCAUACAUUUUUAACUGCCUCAGACGCGCUUUCUUCUCUUCAAGGCAUGCGAGCUAAUUUGUACGAUUAAAAAUAGACGUUUAAAAGUAGGGUAUUUAAUACGAUAAGGAAUCGAAAUCAUAACGUUUAGGAUUAGUCUGUCGAGACAUAAGUUCCUUGGAAGCUUCAUCGAGCGUGGCUCGUCGGUACGUUAUCGUCUCCUAGGAUGGUAUUUUUAUACGGCCGUUGUAUCGACGACAAUUUGUAACCACGGAUGCGUCCUUCGAGGAUGAAAGAACUUUUCCGUCGUUACGGGGUUCCCCUAAUCGGACGUACAUGUACGUCCACGUGAUUUCCUCUAAUUGAAUUCGAGAUUCUUUUCAACGAUGGACUUUUCAUACGUAACGUUAUCGGAUAGAAUCUCAUUGUUUGAAAAAUGAGAUACCCGUUGGAGAGUCCGACGACUGCACAACGUAUUAAUAUAGAUUUAAUGUAAAUGAGAGGUCGUGGGGGAAGUAAUAAAGGGAAUUGAUAACGUAUAAUUUUAAAGUAGGUACGGUAUACGGUCGGAGAAUUGGAUCCAAGCGUUAAUUUUCUUCCUCCUUUUAACAAGCCUUUGUCGAAUACUCAAUAAUUUCCAUUCUAUUUUACAAUUAUCGUAUAAUUGGACUUUCCUUGUUACAUUAGUUACCUUGAAUAGAAUUAAUAGAAUGGAGCUCAGUUUGCGAAUGAUUGUUUUCACCGUUAUAAUGCAUCGACUGUUAGUUGUUUCUUUUCAUUUUGUUCGGCAUUUAAUUAGAACGGGACGCUUUAAACUCGAUUUAAUUUUAAAUAUCAUUUACUCGAUAACGUUUCGUACAGAUUAUCGUUUCGAAACGUUGACCAAACGACGAGAUAAUUCCCACAGUAGAUCAGAAUUCAAUUAUGGCUAUUGAGACUUCCCAAUCAAUUUCAUUGUUUUGAAAUUUUAUUGAGAAUAAAAAUAUAUAAUUAUUUAUCUACUCAAAUUGGUUAAGAUAUUUUAAUAGGUACAGGUAUUAUAUUACAAUAAACUUAAUCUUUCAGAUAAAGCUUCGUGUUGUUAUAAGUAACUCAGUUUCAUGAUUAAAAAGAUUUUGGGUAUCGAUUUCUGCAAAAAUAUCGGACAAUUUAAUAAAAUUUCAUGACUAACAAUCUUUGAUAAAAUAAAUACAAACGUUUAUAUUUAUAUGAAUGUUUAGAAAAAUCAUUGUCAAUACAUAAUUUUUUGAGUUUGAAAGCUACAAACAUUAUUUGACAGUUGAGCAACUGUUUAAAUUAUUAUUGGACUAUUUCUUUGACUGCUUAACUAUAAAAAAAGCAGUAGCAUGACCCAGUUAAUUAGAAGAAAAAUGUUAUAAUGGUACAUGCAGGGUGUUUGACCAUCCCUGGGAAAAAUUUUAAUGAGAGAUUCUGGAGGCCAAAAUAAGACGAAAAUCAAGAAUAUC